CUCCCUUCCAAAAUGGCGGCAAACAAGGAGCCUGAUCCUGUUAUUUGGAAAACUGGUUAUUUUACUGGUCAAGACUGUAUGGAAAACGCAGAAAAAUUCAUUGAACAGUUCGAAUUAAUGACACUUUCAAAGUUCAGCAAGGUGAAAUGCAAAAAUUUCAAAAUGCCAGAAUCAAAUAGUUUCCAAGGGAGAGUGUAUUGGGAAGAGAAAUCUAGUCACACACUACCGCUCGAGUUUGAUGGAGUACCAUUCGUUAUAAUUGGUUCACAAGUUCGGGAAUGUGUCAAUGGACCCGAUCGCCAUCGCUCGGAAAAGAAGAAACAUUCUGAAAAGCAGCAGGAAGAACAUGGUUACACAGUUAUGGGAAAAAAGAGGUGUUUGCUUCAGACUACAAAAAAGAUGAAUUGCUCUGCAGCAAUUCAUCUUAGAUAUAUAGUCAAGUUCCCAGAAUUUAAGCUAAAUAAUAACACUGAAUGGGUCAGAAAGAAACAAGGAAAAGAGUUGAAAGAGGCUAUGAAAAGAGGAAAUGUGGUUGCAGAGCACAGGGUGUAUGUAUGUUUUCCAUCAAACGAGGACCACAUUGGUCAUCUAACUGAAGAGUUUGGCUUGAUGUCUCAGAGAGUAGACAAGUCCAUUAUCUCUAAAAUACACAUGCUUGUUGGAGAAGGAGUGACAAAUGCUGCCGAAAUGAAACGUCACCUUUCAAUAUUUUGUAAGACGCAACAUCCAGAAAUGCCAUAAUGCAGCAGACGAUUUU